AUGUCUACAUUCAAAGUCGUUGUUGUCGGAGGAAGUAUUGCUGGUCUAACUCUUGCAAACAUCCUUGAGCGGUACAGUAUAAACUAUGUCGUCCUGGAGAAACAUCCUACAAUAGCACCCCAGCUUGGCGCGAGCGUUGGGACGCUUCCCCACGGCGCCAGAAUACUCGACCAGCUUGGGAUAUUCUCUCGGGUGGAUGAGAUAUCAAUGCCUGUGGACGAAUCUGAGGCUUUGGGUCCGGAUGCGGUAGUAUUGGGUAAAACUGAGCCAUUCGGGGAUUUGAUGGAAGAUCUACUUGGCUAUAGGAUGCGGUUUUUAGACCGUCAGCAGUUACUUCAAGCUUUGUAUGGCGGUCUUAAAGACAAAUCCAAGAUCCAUACCAACAGUGAAUGCGUCAAGAUCGAAGAACUAGAUGAAGGUGUGCGAGUCACCCUCAAAGAUGGAUCUAUCAUACAAGGAGACAUUUUAGUCGGGGCAGAUGGGGUCCAUAGUCGGAUGAGAAAUGAGAUCUGGAGAAUCGCUGAGUCUGAGAGAGCAGAUUACCCCGUCUCGGAGCUGAGUCGAUCAAUUCAAUGCCAGUACAAAUGUAUGUUUGGCAUAUCGAAGCGCCCAGAGGGUGUUCCGGAUAACAAAUCGUUCAAAUGCUACCACAGGGGUCGCUCUUAUUUAACCUCCAGUGGGAAGGACGGGAAAUUCUAUUGGUUUGCUUUUGUCAAAAACCCCGACCUCACCAUCCAUACUUCCAUUCCUCGCUACACAACUCAGGAUGAAGAAGAUCUGGCGGCUGAAAUUGCUGAUGACCCCCUCUUCCUUGAUAUCACCUUCAAGGAUUUAUACAAUAGUAGAAUGGGCUCUGUUCUUGUGCCGCUUGAGGAGUUUGUGUUAAAACGAUGCUUUUAUAAGCGCGCAAUUUUGAUUGGCGACUCAUUCCACAAGAUGAAUCCUCUUCUGGGCCAGGGAGGAAACUCGGCGAUUGAAUCAGCUGGCUUCUUAGCCGAUCUCUUAAAAGGCGUACUCGACAAAACCCCGCAUCCAGAUGAUGACACACUUCAACGAAUCUUCUUGGAAUUUCAGGAGGAAAGAUGCCCUAGGACCACUGGCCUUAUGGAAGCAACCAAAAAGGUCCAACAGAUGGAAAUCCUUGAGAACCCUAUACUGGAGUUUCUACAGCUCAAAGUUACCACUCAGCUUGGCGGAGAGCAUCUGGGUCCUAUGUUAGCAGCUGCUUCGAAUUCAGCUCACACUUUGAAAUACCUACCGAAGAAGUUCAGACGUGGGGCAGUAUCUCUGGACGAAGAAGUGAAGGCGAACCCCCAUGACCGACCGGCUAUAGCCACUGCUCUUGCAAUCCCAUUCAUCCUCGCUGCUACUAAAUUUGGGUGGCAGGCAGUUUUACCGAUCUACUUCGCCUUCCACAUUUACUUCAGUGGCAGUCGAUCAUUCUAUCACCCAUCUCCUCGAACCAUCAAUCCACUGGCAGCAAAGGCACUUCCGUAG